CCGGGAAAGAAACGAAAGUAUCUGUUCCUUUGCUACUUUCUUGGAGGCCAGCAUGGCGGCUGAGGGUCCUGUGCAGGAGCUCUGCGAGGAAGCCUCUUGCUCCAUCUGCCUGGACCUCUUCAGGGACCCGGUGACCGUCGCCCAGUGCGGCCACAACUUCUGCCGAGCCUGCCUGACCCAGAGCUGGGGGGAGGCGGGGGCCGCCGAGCCUUCCUGCCCCCAAUGCAGGGGACCGGCGCAGGAGGAGAACCUCCGCCCCAACCAGCAGCUGGCCAGCUUUGUCGAAAUAGCUAAGAGAUUCAGCCCUUCGGCAGGGAAGGGGGCGGAAGCGAAGGGGGGAGAAGGAGAAGGGGGCGUCUGCGAGAAGCACCGGGAGCCCCUGAAGUUUUUCUGCCGGGAGGACGAAGCCCCCCUCUGCGGUGUCUGCAGAAGAUCCCGGGAGCACCGAGACCACCAGGUGACUCCCCUGGAGGAGGAGGCUCAAGAGAAGAAGACAGUUGUGGCAGCUAGAAAGGAAGGAGUUUGCCAGAAACACCAGAAGCCGCUGAAGCUCUUCUGCAUGGACCAUGAAGCCUCCAUCUGCAUGCUCUGUGAGCAGUCCCAGGAACACCAAUAUCACGACAUCAUUCCUCUGGAGGAGGCCUCCCAAGAGUACAAGGAUCAGUUCUGCAAUUGUGUGGAGAUUCUGCGGAAGGAGAGAAACAAAAUCCUGGCAUACAAAGCCGACAUACUGAAGGAAAGCCAAGACCUGCUUAGGCAAACCAAAGGAGACCGGCAGAAGAUGGUGAUCAAGUUCAGGCAACUACAGAAGUUUCUGGAGGAAGAAGAGGAACUUUUGCUGGCCCAGAUGGAAGAAAUGGAGAAGGAGGUGGUGAAGAAAAGGGACCGGCAGCUGGCCAAGCUCUCUGAGGAACUCUCCUCUCUGGAAAGCCUCAUCCAGGAGAUGGAGGAAAAGUGUCAGCAGGCAGCCAGAGAUCUCCUGCAGGAUGCCAGAAGGACCUUGCAGAAGUAUGAAGAAAAGGAGUCGUUUGAGAGUCCAGCAGUUUCUCCUCUUGCACUGAAGUGGCGCGUCUGGGACUGCUCAGAUUUUUUGGAGGACAUCAAGAAGCAAUUUAAAGACACUCUGGAGUCUGGCCUUCACGUGCAGAAAGCAAAUGUGACUCUGGAUCCAGACACGGCCCAUCUGCAACUCAUCCUGUCUGAGGAUCAGAAAAGCAUGCACGUCGAAGACAGUCUUGACAUAGCAAGAUGGCAGGAAGCACUAGAUGCUAUGGAAGCAAGAUUGACAAAGAGAAUGAGAGAAGCAAUAACAGAGCUAAAUAGAGACACUGAGACAAGUGCAGAAGAUGUAAAAAAAGAUAUUGAAAAUCUCAGAAAAGAUUCACACAGCUCUGCAGAAAGUGCAAAAGCAAAUGUGACUCCGGAUCCAGACACGGCCCAUCUGCAACUCAUCCUGUCUGAGGGUCAGAAAAGCAUACAAGUUGGAGAAGAAGCUCAAGCUCUGCCUGACAGUCCUGAGCGAUUUGACUUCGAUUGUGCUGUGCUGGGCCGUGAGGGAUUCACAGGAGGCUGCCAUUUCUGGGAAGUCCUUGUGGGAAGUGAGGAAGAAUGGUCCUUGGGGGUGGCCAGAAAAUCUGUAAAGAGGAAGGGAGACAUCACCUUUAGUCCUGAGGAAGGGUUCUGGGAGGUGGGGAAGUGGGAAGGCAGCUACCAAGUUUCUGAAAAAGACCUUGAUCCUCUCCUGACUCUGAGUGGGGAGCUGAAGAGGAUCCGAGUGUGCCUGAACUAUGCUGGGGGGCGAGUGGCCUUUUUUGAUGCUGACCGAGCAGCCCUUCUCUACGAGUUCUCUGGAGCCUCCUUCUGUGGAGAGACUCUCCUGCCCUACUUUUGGGUGCAUGGAGAAGGCCACCUCAAAAUCUCUUCCUAGGACCUUUUCUUCACACCAGGACCAUCAAGAAGAAAAUAUUAUUUCUCAAGAGUGCCCCUUUUUUGAGUCCUGUAGAGGCCUCUCUUGUCUCCAGUCACCAAAACAGACUGCAGUAAAGGGGACAUUUCUCCCCCCACCCCUCCAUUUUCCAACAUUCCUUUCCCCUCCUUUGUAUCUUAUUUCUUAAAGCAACAGUAACACCUUUCACAUUGUAAAGGAUAACAGGCUUGUACUACAGGAGAGCUCCAAACAGACCAUCAGAACCCUCUCCAGCCUCCAUUAUCCUCAAGGAUGAGAGGAACCACUGCAGAGGAAGAAGAGGUCCCGCAUGUUUCUAUUAUUCUGGACUUCCUCUUUUCUUUACUGGACACCAUCUGCUAGGAUUUCCCAGUGUUCAGCCUACACUUUCUGACAGACACUGAAGGUCUUGUCGCUAUCCAGGUUCCUGUGUUCACAGCAUUUGUUUUUCAGUUGUACCAGAGACUGAGAAGGUGUUAUGCUUUUUAUAAAGUUAUGUUGUAUUGAAA